AUGAGAUCAACUGUGAGAAUGAAGGCGAAGGAAAUUUCCGGACAGACAUUUGACUAUAUCGUAUGUGGUGGAGGCACAUCCGGCUGUGUAAUUGCAGCUGAGCUUGCCUCUAUUCCGAACGUCUCCGUCCUUCUGGUUGAAGCAGGCAGAGACUCAGGCGUUCUGCCUGACGUGUUAGUGCCAGGAAAAUAUGUCAAGCAACUACAAGAAGACAAAGACGGAUUAUGGGAGCUGGACACAGUACCGCAGGUGCAUCUGAAUGGAAGAAAACUGGUGUUCCUCAGAGGUAAACAGCUUGGGGGUAGCUCAGCAGUCAACUACAUGGCACUUGCUCGAGGACCAGCAGCCGAUUACGAUGAAUGGGCUAGGCUUGUUGGCGAGGAUGGGUGGAAAUGGGAGAACAUACUGCCCCUGAUGAAAGAGCUGGAGGACUUUGAUCCAAAAUUACCUGCUAAUAUGCAAGAGUUUGCUGCUCCACGGGUUUCAAAUCAUGGAACCUCAGGCCCUCUCAAGAUUGGAUUUGGGGACGAAAUGGUUCCUGGGAUCGAAACAUUUGUGAAGGCAUGCGUGGAGACCGGGAUACCGUUGUGUCCAGAUAUCAACUCCGGAAAUCCAGUGGGAGUAGGGCUGGCCCAGUUCAACGUUCGAGAUGGAGAGAGAUGUUAUGCAGCCAAUGCUUUCCUGGGUGACACAGCUCGAGUAUCGCUUAAGAACCUGACCGUUGUAACAGAAACAGAGUGCGAUCGGCUUCAGUCUAAAGAUGGGGUUGUUACUGGGGUGGAUUUGUAUCACCGACCAAACGGGGAGAAAGUUCAUGUCUAUUGUCGCAAAGAGGUUGUUCUAUCUUCCGGCACGUUUGGAUCUCCGAAAAUCUUGAUGCUGUCGGGCCUGGGACCCAGAAAUAAGCUAGAGCAACACGGAAUUCCCGUACACGUCGACUUGCCAGGGUGUGGACAAAAUAUGCUUGACCAUUCCAUCAUCACCUGUGAAUAUAGGGUGGACAAUUCAAUCCCAGCGCAUAAUCAGUUGUUUCUCGACACCGGGCGCCUAGCAGAAGCCGAGGCGCGCUAUGCCAAUGAUCAUACGGGACCACUUGCGAUGUAUGGAUCUAGUGGUACCUUGGCAUUCCCCAGAAUCAAGCGACUCUUCGACUCGAAGGAAUUUUCCGACCUCGGUAAAAAAGCGCAAAGCUUUUUGCUGGAGCCCUCAAGACCUUCAGCUGAAAUUUGGCUUGGAUCGGGACCCUCCGUGUAUGAGGUCGAUGGACCAGACAAAAGUUAUAUGACCCACGAGCUUCUGUUACAGAACAAUUUAUCACGAGGAACCGUCACAAUUGGCUCCACUGAUCCACGAAGACCCCCAAUUCUGAACCCGAAUUUCCUGGCUCAUCCAUUCGAUCAACGCAUCGCAAUCGAAAGUGUUCGCAUGGCAUUGAAGAUUGCUCGCACCAAAGCCUAUGACGGUACUAUUGAGCAGAUGGUGCAUGGCCCGGAAAUUGAAUUUACGACCGCAGAUCUGGAUAGGAUCAGUGAUGAGGUCAUGCUGGAUUUCAUUCGAAAGAACUUGGAUCAAGGAUACCAUAGCGUGGGUACUUGUCGCAUGGGCAAGAUCGGCGAUCCAGAGGCCGUGGUAAACUGCCAGUUCCAAGUCAAGGGAAUGCAAAACCUCCGGGUCGCAGACCUGAGUGUGUGCCCUAUUCUAACUUGCAAUCAUACUCAGAUAAAUGCGUACUUGAUUGGUCUUCGAUGCGCAAAAGAGAUGGUCAAGCAUUCCAAAGUACAUCAACAUCUUGCGAAGCUGUAG